AUGGGCAUUGGCCUUAUUAUUUCUUACUUGUACUUUGCCUACGAAAGUCCCAGAGCUCGGGACAGAAACCUGGUGAAUGUUUUCAAGAAGGGAAAAAUCUGUCGGGAGAUCAAUCUACCUCUCUCAAAAAAACUGUUCAAACGCGAGAAACUUGAAAAUGAUCUGAAGAAAACUUUGCAACUCCCUUUACCUUUAAAUAAUUACUUUCUGAUUUUGGGCGAACAUGGAACGGGAAAAACAACCUUGGUUCAAAAUACCAUCUUGAAUCUCCAGGAGCCAAAGGGUGUUGCGUACUUUGAGUGUCCCUUAAAUGUGAAAGAUUUUGCGAAAAAUUUGUCAAAACAUCUUGAUUGUGAAUUAUAUCCAUUUAAGCUUCGAGACGUUAUCGUGCAGUGGAUAACCAGAAAAGUCUUGAUCCUUGAUCAAGUAGACCGCAUUGCCAAAGAUGACCCAAAGUUUCUUGGGAUACUUCAAGAUUUUGCGAAGGACUGCGCGGAUAAAGGCUCCAUUGUCGUUGUAUUUAUUGCGAGUGAAGGCAUUUCUCCGCAAAUUAUGAAAUGUAGUGAUGCUAUG